AUGGAGAAGCAAGCAAAUGUGAGCCCACCGUCGGGGCCGGCGGCGGCGGCGGUCCCCGCGAGUGCACUGAGGAGGAGGCGAAACGCGACCAAGGGGAAGGGGAUGCGGAGCGAGCCCCGACGCAUGUACGUGUAUUCCUGCGCGGCACGGCGGAGUAGCUCGACGAUGGGCGGGCGGCCCAGCAGCUCCACAGGGACGAUGAACCGCUGUGUAUCCUCCCCCUCUGCGCCGACCACCAUAGGCACGUGCCCCGCCGGCACCUUCCCGCAGGUGGCCCCCGGCAACGCCGGCACUGGCUUCACCACGGCGCCCGGCGCCACCCUACAUGCCCUCGUGGACACGCACCGGAGCAGUGCAGGUCUGCAUCAAGGAGGAAGCAGUGCAGGUUUGUAG